AUACCAAAACUCUAAUUUAUGCCCACAAAAUUAGUCAUUUGUGUGUGCCAAACUGUGGCCACAAAAUGUUUUAAAUGUUUUGCUCCAUAAUUCUUCAAUCAAGAAGGCUAAUUCUAAUUAUUUCUUGUUAAAUUUAGCUCUAAAUAUCUACGAACCAUUUCAAAUGUAUAUUUUUCUAUUUAUCUGUUUUAUUCAAACCAAAAGGACGAAGUUUGAGAAUAUUUGCUUUUUAUGAGCAACUAUUCUCAUGACAAUCAUUAGCAUAUGUAUUUCUCACACAAGUUAACUACAUUUGAACCAAUGUAGCAAAGAAUUUAACCCUUAUCUCACAAAAUGAUGGGUCUUCAUUCACCUAAUAAUACCACAUUGCUAAUUAUUGUCUUCUAUUUUGUCUGUUUUUCUCUAAAACUGUAAAUUUUGUUAUCUUUGAUGACAUUUUUGUUUUUAUUUUUUCUUGUGUAUUUCUGUCAUCGGCCAGUAGAUGUCAGUCUAAGCCAACAAAUGAGAUUCCUAAACUUCAUUAAGUUGAAUUUGAAAUUUAUUUUUCAUUAUUGCUUUAGCUCAAUGCUUUAAAAAAUAUGUGCACACUUAAAAUAAAAUAUAACUAUAAUUAAAACAUUUGGAUAAGUUAGAAACUGUUUUGUCAUGUUAAGCAGUAUUUGUGCAGCCUUGCUCCAGAGAGCCUCAGUGGGAGGGAUUCCUGCUGCAGGAAAUCAAGGUAGCAUGUGGAGCACAGAGGUUCAACUUUUUCAGAGUCCUCCAGUCUGGAGCGCAUCACCGACUCAAGCACCUGAUGUUCAUCCUUCACUGUGCCUGGAACCUAAAGCUUCUUUCAUGGGGAUUUAUUGAAGAACCACAACAAAGGCACCUUAGUAACUAUCUGAAGGUUUGAUAACAAGUGAGUUUUAGGAAAUGGCUCUGACUUUCCGGUGCAGGUGUCUCCUCUUUCUGUACUUGACAGCUAUCCAAACCGGACAGGCUACCAUUCAGAACUGUGUAGACAAGCAUCAGGUGGUUGGGUUGCUUCGCCAAAUGGAAAAGCUCUUGAAAAUCCAGGAGCUGCGUUUUGCAGAAAGCAUCAGGAUCAUGAAAUCAAAGCUGGCCAACGUGCAGAACUCCAUCUCCAGGUUACCUCAGGCUGACCAGUCAGCUGCUCCCACCACCUGCCCCUCCCUCGAAGCCCCCGCUCAUGGAGCAAAGUUUGGAUCAAAGUAUUUUGUCGGACAUGAGGUCCAUUUCAGUUGCCCGCAGGGCUACCAUCUGGUGGGUUCUGCUACGCGGGUUUGCCGGGACAACGGCACCUGGUCUGGUGUCGGCGCGGUUUGCAAAGAUGUUCGUGAGUGUGUGAGCAAUCCCUGUCAAAACGGGGGUACCUGUGUGGAAGGUGUGAACCAGUACAGAUGCACCUGCCCCCAAAACUGGAGUGGCUCUAACUGCCAGCACCAAACCCAGACAGCACCGCCCGAGUGGAGCGUCAUGAAUGACCCCGCUUUCAGCCGGAGACCUCGCUGUGCCCAGGUGAACCAAGCCCAGCACUGCAGCUGCGAUGCUGGCUUCCACAUGAGUGGCACCUCCGACAACAGCAUCUGUCAGGAUGUAAACGAGUGUGAAGUGUACCGCCUGGACCAAGGAGGGAAACUCUGUGUCCACGAGUGUGUGAAUGUCCCCGGCUCCUACCGCUGCUCCUGCCCCAGCGGCUACAAGCUACUUCGAGAUGGGAGGAGCUGUGAAGAUGUGGAUGAGUGUUUGAGCCAGAAGCACAACUGUAGCCGAGGGACAACUUGUAUCAACAUAGGAGGCGGCUUUCAGUGCGUGAACCCAGAGUGUCCCCGGUUGUACGGCAACGUCACCUAUGUCAAGACAUCUUCCUUUCAGUGUGAGAGAAAUCCCUGCCCCAUGGACAGCCGCUCCUGCCACCUGGCUCCAAAGACCGUGUCCUUCCACUAUCUGUCCCUGCCCUCCAACCUGCAGAUUCCUGCAACCCUUUUCCGCAUGGCGACCGCCGGCGCCCCCGGUCGCCCAGGGCCCGACAGCUUGCGCUUUGGCAUAGGGGGCGGUAACCCGCGGGGCAUCUUUGUCAUGCAGCGGUCAGACAGGCAGACAGGUGAGCUGAUUCUGGUGCAGCCGCUGCGCGGGCCUCAGGAGAUCAGCGUGGAUGUGGACAUGUCUGAAUACACCGACCGCACCUUCCAGGCCAAGCAUGUGGCCAGGAUCCACAUUCUGGUUUCACCUUACAGUUUCUGACCACCAGACAAGAGAGGAAGAAGACUCGACACUGAAACUCGAAGGAGUCCAGCAGGAAAAUGAUCAAAACCUAGAUUAUUAGAGUUUGAUUCUGGUUUGUGUAUGAUGUAUCUCGCUAAAGAAGCUGACACAUUAUUAAUGCAUCACAACAAUACUAGUGCACACAAAGCUCUAACUUAUUGGAAGUUUUGUCACUGUCAACAUGUGUAUUUUUGAUCAUAUUCUGUAUAUUUGUUUUUUUUUUUUUUUUACAUGCUUGGCUCUUUUUUGAGGCAACACUCCUGAGGUGAAAGGAGUCUCUUUUCCAGAUUUAUUCUCUUUCACUUUACAUGUUCUUGAUGUUAUAUGUCAUUUUUGUCUUUACAUCCCUGAAAUAAAGUCAGUUCAUCAUAGUUAGAGGCUGCUCAUCAGUG